AUUUCUUUGGAUUUGUUGCUUCCCUUGAAGCUUGAAAUGCGCAUUAGUAUCUUGGUUGUAUUUUGUCCACACCCGUCAGCGACCCGGUAGAGACGGCAUACGGAGAAGUGUGUCUAUCCCCUUUAAUUUCUGAGGACUCCCACAGCUGCCCUCUUCUUUGGCACGUCCCGUCCAGGUGUGGAAUUCGGGGAGGAUCUCAGCCACAGUUGUCCCCUGGAUGUGUCAUUUCCUUGCCCCUCGUGGGUCUGGCUGGCCAGGGCGCUGGGGAGAGCCGCGCACUGCGCAAUGAGACCUCGCGUGGGGACUCCCGCCUUCUUGUGCUUCAGCCUGUUUUUUCUGGGCUCCUUCUAGUCCACCUUUGCCACACAAAAACAGCAAAACCUGAAUCUGACAGCUUUGGUUCUGCACGACCCUGUGUCUUCAUCCUGUCUUUUCGCCAUCCCGAGUUCCCCAGUUCGGUUCCGUCCCUGAGCUGCUUAGCUUUCCCCUCGCUCCUCCUCUCAGCGCCGCUCCUCCUCUCAGCGCCGUCCCUCCUGCCUCACUGGGUGAAACCAGGUGCCCACGGAUUUCACUGGUGAACUUUUUGGGUUUUUUUGGAAUUGUCACUCGUAUUUAAAAUCCAAGUUCCCCUUUCCUGUUCUCUAGUCUCCUUUUCUAGCCAAGGACACCUUUGUGUUCACCCAGAUGGCGGUCGCGUCUUGUCAUCCUGAGCUCCCGGGCGGGCUUACAGGAUACCUGCGGUUCCCGGGCGUCUCCCCUCGAGGCCCUCAGCCCUGCCCCGUUCUCUCCUGCCAUGGGGGCGCUCUGUCCCUUUAGGUGACCCUCUAAAUGGCCUCCUCCCGGCCGGCUCCCCGCCCCCCCCGCAAGGGAGAAGCGAGCCGGCUGCUGCCCCGCUCCUCAUUGUCUGGGCAUCAGGACGAGAAGGGGCUCCCGGGCGCUGCUUUCCGUCCGGCGGAGGUCGGGGAGGGUGGACUGAGAGCCGUGAGGUUUGACCUUCAGCAGAGAGGAGGGUCUGCGGGAGCGAGUCCGGCGUUGCUGGGCGGCCGGGCGAGCCGGGUUUCGGUGGUGGAGCCGGGCGUGGGCGUCGGUGGGCGUCGGUGGCCCGCGCUGCGGGGCCUCGCGCGGGUUCGCGAUGGGCAUCGGCAGGGGAGGCGCCGUGCGAGGUGCGGGAAGCGGGGUGUUGGCUGCGAGCCCCUCGGGCACGUGCGUGUGAAGGAAGCGACUGCCGCCCGCUUGUCGGGUCAGGGACCCCCGGCCCCGAGCAGCUCGGAGGCUUUGAUCAAACACUUGGGUGACUGCGGGAGGCGGGCUUUUCGGGAUGAUACGCGUAACCUGGAGCUCGGGCUCAGCGUGCCUGGGGAGUGGGUGCGGAUUCAGCCGGUCUCCGCAGCCGCCUCCUCGCCGCCGGAGCCGGUGAGCUGCGCGUGCGCCGGCUCGCCUGGGGCUCCGUCCGGUUCCCACGGGCGCGGGUGUGCGCGGAGCGGCGGCUGCGGGCCGGUCGGGUUCAGACGAGCAGGCGGCCGCGCGGCAGAGUCUCCGCGGCUGGCGGCCUCUAGCUCUUCCACUGCCGAGUGUUUCUCAGGCGUGCGGUCUUCCCGCUGUGGAGCUCGGGCCGUGGUGGGGCGCGCGCGGGAGCCGGUCCGGGGCGCCGUGUGUGCGCCGGCGUGCGCGGCGGCAGAGCCCGAGCGCUGCUGGCUGCGCGGGGCCGCGGACACGUGGGGGCCGUGGCCGGGGUCUUCGUCUGGCGACGGGCAGUGCUCGGGAGGAGAAAGCAGGCUGGGCUCUUCUACAGACAGACGAGGACUGAAAUAGAAGUUUCAGUUCGGCCGAGCGGGGAGGCCUUGCGGGCAGCGGCUUUCUGUCCUGUGCUCGUGGCCGUCGCUCCCUGCCGCCCAGGGGCCGGUCGGCCGAGGGCAGGGGCCGGUCGGCCCGAGGGCAGCUGCUCCAGCUUCCGUUCUGCCUCAGGGCGGGUGGGGCGGAAGCGCACACUGCCCUUUCUUCCAGAACAUCCAGGAUUAUACCUGGGUUCCUCAUGUCUGACCGUGAGUUUUGCCGUGAAUGGUCAUUCUUCUUUAGCCUUUUAGGUGGCAACCAUUUACCCACUAGUAUAAAAGCCUGUCGUAUUUACGUAGGUCUUGUGUGAUAGUAUUAACUGUUUUAUGUGAGUAUUAACUGUUUUGUGUGAGGAUUAUGCGGUCUUUUUCUGUUGCGUAUGAAAUAAUGCCCAAUAUUGAAAAUUUCUGCCUUUUUAAAUAUUGUUCCUGUUUUUUUAAAAAUUUUAC